GGUCCCCCGAAAGUACACCGAACUCACACUAUUUCGUCUAACCGCAUUUGCAUCGGCACCGAUGACCCAUAUUCACGUUCUUCCUCCACGCAGCGAUACCGCCAUCGAUUCCUCUUCUCUCUUCUGUCACCAGAACUCCUUUCUCUCCUCGUAUAGACGAUCAACCGAUCAUUCUUUCGCGCGCGUACACCAUCCUCGCCGUCGUUGUCACCGUCGUUCGCUGUGAGCGGAACGGAAAACGAAGAACGAGGACGCGCGCAAGAGCAACAGAGAGAAAGAUAGCGAGAGCGUACACCAUCGUCAAAGAGGGAAAGAGAGGGCGGACAGAGUUACGCGCGAUGCAAGUCGGUGACUCGAUUUCGGCCGGGUAAGACUAUCGUGGUAGGCUCUAUUCCUCAGUGUGUACGCGGCCAGUGUUCGGAUACCGAUAGAAGGUAGCACGCGUCUUCAAUCCGUUCCUCUUCUAUUCUCAUUCGUUCCUCGUACGGUUAUUCGUGGCUCGAACACCAACAGGCGACGUCAGUGCGAUCGAGGACCACUCUCGCGGAGGAUCAUGUGCCGCGUGGACACGUGUACGCGGUGAGACCGGUGCGGAGACUAUACUACUCUGUUUAGUGAAUUCGAACGAUAAGAAAGAAUCAAACAAACGUGCAUCCUGUGUGACCCUGAAGUGUGAUCCGAAACGUGUACAAUUGUUUGUCACGGAUGGUGCGCGAUUAUCACCGAUGUAUCGGUGUUGAGGUUGAUUCGAGCGGAUGGUAAUACGGUUUUAAACAUUGCUGAAAGAACUGUUGGGCACGAGCGCGAUCAAGAAGGAAAAUACCUACUUGAAGGUGGCAGAGACAGGGGUGGCGAAGGUCACGGGGUGGAGCCUAGGGGUGGCAUCAUGGACUCUCACCAGCAACAGUUUUGUCUCAAGUGGAAUAGUUUCGGUAGCAAUUUAGCGACAGCAUUCUCAAAUUUGUUCAAAAGCGAGAGUCUUACCGAUGUCACCCUAUUCUGCGAGGGAGUAACGUUCAAGGCGCACAGGUUAAUUCUCGCAGCAUGCAGCAAACACUUUCAAGAGCUCUUCGAAGGAAUGCCUCCUUCUCCCGCGGGACUGAUCGUUAUUCUCGACGGAACGAGUGCCCACAAUAUGGCGUCCCUUCUCGAAUUCAUGUACCGUGGAGAGGUACACGUGUCCCAGGAAUCCCUCAGCUCUUUCCUCAAAGCAGCCGAAUGCCUUCAAGUAAAGGGUCUGUCCAUCGAGCACGAGAAGCUGGCAGUGGCGCAGAGGCACGCCGCUGAGAACAAUAACUCGUCCACGGACACCGGGGAUGGUGGCGGCGGAAGCGGUGGUGCGAGCAGCGGCAGCGGUGACAACGGAAGCGGGAACGUCAGUGGUACCGUGAGCGGUAACGUGGGUGGUGGAGUUGUUGAUGACGUUGGCGGAGGAGUCGGCGAGGUGAGCGACAUGGGUGAAGCGGGUGAAGCAACCAUGGUGAGAAACACCAUAAAGAGGGCCCGUACACCAGCACCGUCUCCUGCCCCCGCUUACCCCGUGCCCAACCUCUACUCCGCCACCUCUCACUAUUACGAAACCUUGCCGAAAAGGCUGAUGAGAUCGCCCAGCGACGUCGAUACGCUGGGAAGGGCGAGUGUGUUGCGCGACGGCACUGCCUUCCGGCCCGCAUCAGCGCCACAUCCGCUUCUUCUGGAGAACCACUUUUACCAGCCGUUCAUCCACCCUACAGAAACACCCGCGCAUCCCCACACCGCACCGCACACACCCACGGAAUUGGAACAGGAAUUGGAACGAGCGAGGUCCGAGGAACGCAGCAAUUGCGAUCUCAAGGAAAGCGUAGCUGAAGAUCUACGAAUAAAGCAAGAACCAGUGGCAAUGACCGACCGGGAGAGGGCGGAAAAACUGGCAGAAAGAUUGUCAGGCGAAGUAUACACCGGGGGAAGGGGGUUCGAUAGUGGUCAUUAUGGUUCGAAUUCGGAUCACAUGCAGCCUGGAGGACAAAUUGGACCCCCCAUGGUGCGUUUGCCGCUUGCUCAUCCACCGACUCCUGAUCUCAGCCCUGCACCCACUAAUCCCGCUAUGUGGAAUACGAAAAUGAAGAAGGCUGGCACUGUCUCCACCCCCCAUGGCAAGAAACUCAAGUGUCCGGACUGCGAGAAACUGUACGGCUACGAGACAAACCUGCGCGCCCACAUACGGCAACGCCACCAAGGCAUCAGGGUGCCGUGCCCGUUCUGUCAACGGACGUUCACGCGGAACAACACGGUGAGACGGCACAUCGCGCGCGAGCACAAAGCCGAGCUGAAUCUGAAGGCCUUCCAACAGUCGAACCAUUCGAUGUCGGACACGGUGCCGCAGUAACGGCGUCCUCGUCAUCGCUGUCGUUAUCGUCGCCGUUCCCAUCGCGGCCGUCGCCAUCGUGUUGCCCGCCGCAACGCCACGGGAGACGGCCCGUGCGCCGCUCGAGGUACGCACGAGCGGCGCUUGGUUACUGGAAAGAAGAGGCUGGAACGAGGAAGCAGCCAGGGCGAAGGUUUGCCCGCCUUCUCUCCUGGCCGACGCCGGUCAACGCCACCCCCGUCCCGCGAAACAUCCGAGCGGCCGUUCCCUCCGUGAACUGCGAUUGACAGCGUUGCGCUGUACCCACGUACAGCCCAGCCUUUGCCCGAGAAAGUCGACAAAGGAAACGAUCCAAUGCGACCCGCUGUGCCUCGUCUCGGUGUGAUCUUGAUAGUAAUUACACCGCGACCCGUCUGCGAAUUCAUCCUUCCUCCCGUGAUCCCUCGUGUUAAUUUCACGGGGAUACGGAGGGGAUCAGGAUGCCGAAGCUGGGGGAAAGUAGGAAAAAUUUGCACGCGAUCACUCGAUCAGCUCGGAGAUUUUUAAUGAGAUUUUUCUCGUUCUCUCGUAUAGAUGUUUAAGGGUGUUCUUGUUGGUCGCACGACGCGAGUCGCGUGUUCUCUGUGCUUCUUUUGGGGGAAAAGUUUAAGGGAAAAAAAGAAAAAAAAGUCUUCGCGGAGGACUCGGAUGCGACAGAGGGCGGUUGACCGCGAAAUUAGAAGAAUUAGUCCCGGUGAUCGGAUCACGAGUGAGGAAGAGAUUAAACGUGGGAAACGGGAAGUGAUGACGAAAUGGGGGGAGGGGGGAUGGAAGAUAAGGGAAGAGGAGAACGAAUGGAAGCAAGGUUUGGAAAAACGUCGACGUCCUGAGCUUAGCUAAGAUACGAAGAUACUGGAGGAGGAGAAAUGUUGGAGGUUGGGAUCGGGAGGAUGUAAACUCGUCGCCUCGGACAUGCUCGCGAAGUACGCUGAAUAACCACAAAACUAGUCAAUGAAAGUGCAACGUCGAGUAAGAGUUAUUAUUACACUACUAUAAAAAAAAAGAAAAGAAGGAAGAGGAAGAAGAAACACUUUUUUUCGAAGCGCGAGAAAAAUAAGGGAAGUUAGAGACGAAGAAGAUCGAAAGAUCGAAAGAUCGAAGUAGAUCGCGAAUAAAAAAAAAAAGAAAGAAAAGAAAAGAAAAAGAAAACAACGCUGAAAGAUUCAGAUUCACGACGCCAGAAGAGAGAAUAAGCGAGUUUACAAGGAAGGAGAGGAAAAAAAAAAAUAGAAAAGACGCAUAUCUCAGGUGAAUCGUAUUUACAAUAAGCCGAAUAGUUCUCGGUUCUUUUUUCUUUUUUUUUUUUUUUUGUGUCCUUUGACUUUAUGGUUUUAUAUAUACAUAUAUAUAUAUAUUUCUUCACCAUAUUUCUCGACGACUCCUCGCCAAAGAACGAUCAGGAUCGUUUCGAGGAGAUGUACGAACGGAAUAUAUAUAAGUAUACAUAUAUAUAUAUAUACCGAGCACAUUAAUGAAACGGUGCAAGCGUUGUUGCGAGAAAUAGUUUUAAAUGAAUUUAAAAGCGUCUACCUUUACUGCCGCUACCUUACUUUAUUACGAUAGUUACGAACCUGUUACCGAUGGAUUAUUAAGGAAUAAUUAUUAUCGAACUGCUGCCGCAUCACACGCAUUGAAACGCUGUUAUAUAUUGAUACUUUACCUGAUUCUCUACCGCGAAUAGAUAAAACUGGUACUAUUAUUGAUGUUGAUGUCGAGAGCCUAGGGUCAAGACAAGACAAGAACGGGUGAUAUCAAAACUAUUUUUAACAUUUACGUUCACGUUAGUGCCAAAAAAAAAAAAAAAAAAACAAGGAAAUAUGAUCUUAAAUCAGAAUCGAACGCAUUUUUCUAUCUAUUAUUCAGGAUCGCGAUCGAGUUUAAUCGAUCGAAUUUUCGUUACUUUUUUUUUUUUUUUUACGCAUCUCUCGAACACAAGACGCAUCAAGACACACACACACACACACACACACACAGACACACACAAGACGAUACACACGAUUAUCCUUGCACAGGAUAUCUUGAAAGAGAGAGUGUGACACGUUAUUUCGCAUUAUUAAAUGCCGAAACACGGUUAAAAGCAUGCCCAUCUUUUCCACUUUAUAUAUAUAUAUAUUUUUUUUUCUUUUUGUUCUUUUUUUUUUCUUUUGUAUUGAUGUACAACAACAAUAUUUUAUAAAGAAUUUAUGAGAUUAUUAUAGCUACAAUUAUAAAGAACGGACAUAAAGCUAUCGAGUUACCAUAUGUAAUAAUACAUAUAUCGUAAGCCACGUGUGUAGAUUCUUCUUGGUGAAUGCGGUUCGAAGACACAGCCUCGUACACGAGAGAACAAGCAAUAAUCGUUAAGAGAAGAACUGAUCUUUUCUUUUGUAAGGACGCCGUUUUUUUAUACCUCACUGAAGAACGGAUCCCUGUGAUCCGGGCAACUCUUGUUCCUCGUUUAUUAUUUAAAUAGAGGGGAGGGGGGGGGGGGAAGAAAACACGAACAAGAGUUUCCUCGAAUCGAACGGGGAAAAGUACGUUCCACGCGUAUCUAAGUAAAAUAAUAAUACGGGAUACAAGUUUUUUAGCAAGUAUGUUUAUACAUUUACCUGAUUAUAUAAAUGAAAAGAUGCUUCGCAUUCGCUUGGAAAGAUCUUUAAGGAAAAAAAAAAAAAAAGAAAAAAGGGAAAAAAAAAACGUUGACGCGUUGAAAAAAAAAACAUCACACGAACAAUCACUACCACUUUGUUACCUGUUUACAUUGUUUAAAUAGCGGACUUUUGUCCGGAGCAAUAGAUCGAGGAUAUAUAAUAAUAAUAAGGGAUAUUUAAUAUGGAAAAAAUAGACUACCAAUAGAACCAGGACAGAGCAAGAGAGCAUAGGGAAUAAUUAGAUACCGGUUGUAUAGGAUGUGAUCAAUGCAAUAGUUUAUUAUUAAUACAAUUUACCUAUAGAUAGAUAUAUAGGUAGCUCCUAGUCAGGAUGGCACCACGAUAUUACUUGUUGCAGUAUUUUAUCGCGUUUAUUACAGACUUUUAUCUCUCUCUUUUGCUCCUUUUUCCCUCCCUCAGCACCCCCACCUGCUCUCCUUCCCCUCCCACGAAACUUUCAAAACUCCAGCUGUUUUCUUUGUUAUAGAAUUAUUAUUAUUAUUAUUAUUGUAUUUCUCCCCCUCCCCUCAUUGUUUCUUCCCUUCCUGUUUCUCUCCUCUUCUCCUCCCCUCCUCCCUCACUCCUUUUCUUUUGUUUAUUUGUUAUUACGUUACAGAGAAGAAAAAAAAAAUCAAAGUUUAUAACGAGAGUUUUAUCUCACAACGAUACGCCUACCGUUAAGAUUAUCAAAGACAAUAGUUAAUAGAUGAUUAUUUAGUAUUUAAACGGUUGUACGCGACCUAGGAUAUAUAUAUAUAUAUAUUAGUAAAUGGAAAUUAUUUUGUUUCGUUUCCGUUUUCGUUGUCUCGUUCUUUCCUUGUAUUAUCUUGUUCGCGUUGCAUGUGUUCUUUUUACGUUUCUUUAUAUUUUUUCUUUUUUUUUUUUUUUUUUUUUGAUCUUAUCUUCUGAUGUAGAAGACACCAAAUCACGGGCGGGAUCACGUCCGUACAAUGUUCUGCCAAAUGACGAUACGUAUGACAGUACUACCUCAUCGUUUUUUAUAAGAAUUGCAAAUAUACAAAACACAGGGAACACCGAGAGACCACUAUAGAAUUACACCUGUACAUUCCGUACAGCCGCUGCUAUUAUUCGUCCGGUUAUUGUCGGAAUUAUUCUCCUGCUGUUAUACACCCUGAGAAACAGGGUACGAUCUCUCGAAGCUUGUCGAGGAAAUUUCUUCCGUUCGCCGUUCGAUGAUCAGUAAAACUUGAUAAAUCUAUUUUUCAUCUGGUAUCUUGGAAAAGGAGAAAAAAGAAUUAUUAAUAUUUCUGAAACUGUAAUGUAAUGAUGAAAAGUUAUCAAUUUCAAAUUAAUUUUUCCGCGAGAAUCAAGGAAAAGGUAUCAAGUUUUGCUUUUGAGAUCAUCUUUCAGUGAUGAUCGGACUGUGAAUAUUUAAUGAAAAGUUUAAAAAACGCAUGAUACGAAGUAGAAGUAUAUAUAAAAUAUAUGUAACCAAAAUGAGAUAAUCUUCUACUCUUCCUCUUAUACGAGUAACAAUAUACGAAAGCAAUCACUUUUCAUAAAUUUCCGCAGUCCAAUCACGUAUUACCUGCUGCUACAAAUCUACAUAUAUAUAUAUAUAUAUCGUACAAACAUUUGUAAUUAAGUUCAAACAAUUUUUCACUUUAUAACAAAUACUUUAAUAAUAAACUGUGUAAUAUCGACAAAGAAAUUUCCAAAAGCUUCAGAGAUCACGAGCACACGUGAUAUAAUAAGCUCUACGUACGAUUAUACAUGAUAGAUCCGUUUUUUUUUCUUUUUUUUUUUUUUCUUUUCUUUUUACCGCAUUAUCGCAUACGUACACAACUGUAUAUGUAAUAAUCGACAACUUCGUACAUACAUAUAUAUAUAAGCACAGUGUCAUGUGAGUACGAGUACGUGUGUGCGUGUGGGUGCGUGAGAGGCUGCGUGACAAUUUGCAAAGGCAAUUUACAUUGGUGAGAAGAAUUGCGGCGAUUUCAUCGUUCGGCGGCGAGAUCCGAUCACAAUUUUUUUCAGGAAAAAAUCGAGGAAAAGUGGAAAAAGAAAUUACACCGGAAGAUAGACUAUCGAUAAGGGGGAGGGGGGAGGGAAAUAAUUGAAAGGAAAUACGAAGAGGGCGCGUAAUCGAGGGGAGUCAAUUGACGAAAGUGAAAAAAGGGGGGGGGAGAGAAUUGAAAUAGGAAAAAAGAUGGAGGGAAAGAAAUGUAUGUUACAAUCGUCGAGUGCACUAGUGCUCGCUUCGUCGACGAAUUUCGAUAGGGGGCGUUUUCCUAUCCUAUCGUGUGUGAAAGGGAUUGUUGACUUUGGAGAUGACGAAAAUGGACGAUGAUAAAUUUAAAAAGGUUAAAACUCGAAAAAAAACUGACGUUUGAGCUGCGAACGAAACGAGGCGGAGAGAAAAAGCAAAAAUGUCUAGGAAAGAAAAGAAACAAUAUCGGGACGUUUUUCAAGAAUGGAAAAAUUGGCGGGGAAAAAUACGGCGAAAGAUAUUCAGAUCCGGACGUU